UCCCUAUAUAUAACUAAAUCCAUUUUCUUAUUUUCUCUCCUUCUUUCUCUUCUUUCUUUUUUUCAAUUUCUCAACUUCAUCAUCUCGCUUUCUCUUUAAUAAUCCAUUUUUAAUUAAUUCGUUUUGACCUGAAAAAUGGGAGGUGGUAAAGACAAUCAUGAUGAAUCUGACAAAGGAAUUUUCUCACAUUUAGCACAUGGGAUGACUCAUGGUGCUCAUGGUUACCCACCUGGGGCUUACCCUCCACCACCAGGUGCAUACCCUCCACCUGGACAUGGCUACCCUCCACAAGGGGGUUAUCCUCCAGCUGGUUAUCCCCCUGCUGGUUAUCCUCCUGCUGGCUACUCUCAUGGUGGCUAUCCUCCGGCAGGUUAUCCACCUGCUGGUUAUCAUGGUCCAUCUGCUCCUCAUGCUCCAGGGCCUUUUGGGCACGGGCAUGCCGGUAUGGGUGGAAUGGGUGGAUUGCUUGCUGGUGGUGCUGCGGCAGCAGCUGCUGCAUACGGUGCUCACCAUAUUUCUCAUGGUCACCAUGGACAUGGAGGAUAUGGUCACAUGCCCCAUGGGAAAUUCAAGCAUGGCAAGUUCAAGCAUGGAAAAUUCGGCAAGCAUGGGAAAUUUAAGCACGGAAAGUUUGGCAAGCAUGGUAUGUUCAGGAAGUGGAAGUGAUCUUAUAUAUAUAUGUACAUACAACUGUGAUUCGGAAUGCUGCUGUUGCUGAUUGCUUUUAUAAAUAAACUUUGUAAGAUGCCAAUCCAUACUUGGUCGAACUCGUGUUUUGUUUUUUGUUGCUCUGCGUAAGACGAAGAUAAAUGAUUCCGUUUAUGUUACCAUAGAUUAAAUGGAAACAUCCAAAGAUGCAUCGGAUACUCUAUGCAAAAUUGGUGUUCCUGUAGCCUGUAGCUAAAAGCAUUAAUUAAGUUCAUGCCUGUUUUGUUUUGCUGUACAUUGCCAUUUUCAUUUUAAACUCAGUUGUGUUGUCGCAUUAGAUGGACAUUGGAUCAAUCACUGUCUUUUUGUCAGUGUAGCACAUCUAUGAAGUCAAAAUAGACCUCUUGUUCAUGUAGUAUAUUGAGCUGGUGGAAUACUAUUUGUUUUAAGACAAA